AUGUCAUUAAAGGCGCUUGCUGGACAUGAGGUCGAGGUUACCCCUCAUCAAAGGUUGAACACCUCUAGAGGGGUAGUAGUAUGCCGUGACCUCAUGAAUAGCAGCGUCGAUGACAUCAAAGAAGGCCUAGAGGACCAGGGUGUUUUGGAGGUGAGGAGGAUGAACAUUCGCCGGAACAGACAAAUUGUCCCUUCCGCGAGUCUAAUCCUCACUUUCAACGCCCCGCGAUGCCCAGACGAAAUAAGAGCAGCGUUCUACAAAUUGAAAGUCCGCCCUUAUAUCCCACAUCCGCAAAGGUGCUAUCGUUGCCAGAAAUUUGUUCAUAUCUCCCUGCGAUGUAAAUCCGCGCAGGAAGUGUGUGAGUGUGGGAGGGAAGAACACCCAAAAGAAUCUGCGUGCUCAGACCCUCCCACUUGCGUGAACUGCGGGGGAUGCCACACGGCUCGAUCCGCCAGCUGCCCCGUCCUCUCGAAAGAACGAGAGGUACAGAAAUUAAAAACAAUAGAUAAAAUGAGCUUUCGUGAGGCCAGGGCAGUGGUCGAAAGUAAGGGCUUUGAGGGAAAUAUGCCCAAGCAGUAG